CCUUUGGAUUGUUGCGUGUUUCCUGUGUUGAUAAUCUUCAUCGAUGGACUUUCAUAUCACACUUUCCUUAACUUUGGUUCUCUACUAUUGAUCAACGCACACAUGUGGAACAAUCGUGUCUUGAGUCUUGGCAAAAGUGGGCACAGAGCCUUGCGACCAGUCUUACAUAACAGACUUUGCUCAAGUGAAGCUGUACCCAAACUAACGACUCAUUACACCGUCGUACCGCGAGAAACUGAUCCAAGAUGGAAAGAAGUAGACAUGGAGAGAUUUUCGGACGAAGCCGAUGUAGUUAUAGUUGGUGGAGGACCGGCAGGCUUAUCAGCAGCAAUCAGACUAAAGCAAUUGGCUGAAGAAACAGGGAAAGAACUUAGAGUUUGUCUUGUCGAGAAAGCUGCCGAAAUCGGUGGGCACACUCUCUCUGGCGCCUGCCUGGAGCCAAGAGCACUUAAUGAACUUAUUCCUGACUGGAAAGACAAAGGGGCACCUCUCAAUACACUGGUAAAGGAGGAUAAAUUUGCAAUUCUCACAGAGACUGGAAGGAUUCCUGUCCCCAUACUGCCAGGGCUGCCCAUGUACAACCAUGGUAACUACAUUGUACGUCUUGGAAAUGUUGUUCGUUGGCUGGGUGAGCAAGCUGAAGCAUUAGGUGUGGAAAUAUACCCUGGAUAUGCAGCCAGUGAAGUGCUGUAUCAUGAUGAUGGCAGCAUUAAGGGAAUUGCUACAAAUGAUGUUGGUAUCCAAAAAGAUGGUGCUCCUAAGCCAACAUUUGAGCGAGGCAUGGAACUUCAUGCAAAAGUGACCAUAUUUGGUGAGGGAUGUCAUGGCUAUCUGGCCAAGAACUUGUACAAGAAGUUCAACCUGCGAGAAAAUUGUGAUCCACAAACAUAUGCCAUUGGGCUCAAAGAGCUUUGGGAAGUAGCUCCUGAGAAACACCAUCCUGGAAGAGUAGAGCACACUGUUGGCUGGCCUCUGGAUAAAACUACAUAUGGAGGUUCAUUUCUGUAUCACCUUGAUGAGGAAACACCUUUGGUUGCUGCUGGUUUUGUGGUUGGAUUGGAUUACAGCAAUCCCUAUUUGUACCCAUUCAAAGAAUUUCAGCGUUUCAAGCUUCAUCCCUCAGUAAAGCCAACAUUUGAAGGAGGCAAACGGAUAGCCUACGGUGCAAGGGCACUCAACGAGGGUGGAUAUCAGUCUAUACCCCAACUGGCCUUUCCUGGUGGUCUUCUUGUCGGCUGUAGUCCUGGAUUCAUGAAUGUUCCAAAGAUCAAGGGAACCCACACUGCAAUGAAGUCUGGCAUGCUUGCAGCAGAAAGUGUAUUUGAAGCAAUAACUGAUGAAAAUUUUCCCUGUGAUACACAAGGCCUGCUUGUGAAUUCAUACGAGUCACGGCUAAAGGAGAGCUGGAUCUGGAAGGAACUUGAGAGCGUGCGCAACAUAAGACCCUCUUUCCACAGCCCCUUGGGUCUAUAUGGCACCAUGUUGUAUACGGGUAUUUUCUAUUACAUAUUUCGCGGCAAGGAGCCAUGGACACUGAAAAACGGCAAACCUGAUGCGGAACACUUAAAACCCGCCAAAGAAUGUAAAGCGAUCGAGUACCCUAAACCCGACGGAGAAGUUACCUUUGAUUUGCUGUCUUCUGUUGCUCUCAGCGGAACAAACCACGAGGGGGAUCAACCGGCGCAUUUAACCCUACGGAAUGACUCCGUACCCGUCGAUAUAAACCUGGCGAUUUACGACGGACCCGAGCAGAGAUUUUGCCCCGCGGGGGUCUAUGAAUAUGUCCCCAAGGAGGAGGGAGAUGGAAUGAGGUUGCAAAUUAACGCCCAGAACUGUCUGCACUGCAAGACAUGUGACAUUAAAGAUCCCAGACAGAAUAUCGACUGGGUAGUUCCCGAGGGGGGUGGGGGGCCGGCAUACAAUGGAAUGUGAUGGAAAAUUACCGUUUGGUGAGGUACCGAAAAGAAAAACAAUGAUACUAUCUUUAAGUUAUUUUAAAGCGUCACAGCUUUCCGUGAAAUUAUUGGCGAUAAUCGAACUGUCGAGGGACAGGUAUUCGGUAAGGUCUCGCAAUAUUAUUCAUGUCAAAGCAAAUUCUCAAAAGCGCUGAACUUCAUGUGUUUCGAAUCGCUGUUUUUAACUAUCUCGCAUUAAAAUUUUUUUCACAUUUUGUUUCUUUACAAAGUAAUUCACUUCUGUCACGGGAAAUACUGUAUGUUUUAUAAAACCGAAGAUAUUUAAAAUCGACAAGCGCAUGAUGAAUUGUACAUGAAUUCUCGUUCCCUAAGGCCGCGUUGCCCUCAUCCACCGGAAAAAGAAUGGGAUAGAGGUUUGCGCUUCAUGCUACAUUCUUUUAUGCAGAAAAAAAUUAGAUCACAAGGAAAUAAACAGCCUAUUUCAAUGCU